GUCACAUCAACUUUAUCAAUUGUAAUGGUUACUGUUGCGUUUCUGACAACAAGUUCUACCGUAAUAGUGGCGUUUUUUCAUGCUGAUCCCCGCAACUGGAUGUCGACCGAAUUUUUCAAAAAUGGCUACACUGAGAUGUUCGGUGGUGCAUCGAACUUUCUGAUAGCUUAUAUUGGCGUUGAAGUGUUGAGCUAUUUAUUCGAAGAGACACACGCACCACGGAAACGUGUACCAUUACUGUUACCGUUCAUCAUAUUCAUAUUCACCCUAUUCAUAUUUCUGAUCACGAUGGUCUUUUCGAUGUGUCUAAACUUCCAGCAAUUCAGCAAUCACGUUUCGAUAUUAUCCGAUGUAUUUUUAUACGUUCAAAUACCAUCAGCAAGGUAG